GAGCUGAGCCCUGGACUGGGCAGGGAUCCCUCCAGGGAGCCCGGAGUGAAGCCCCCCACGAGCCCUGGAUGCAGGGAAUCAGCACAACUGAGCUGCCAAAACACCAGUGGGGAGAUGAAGGGAGGAAAGCAGUGGAUUUCCAGGCACAGAGUCCCAUCCCUGCGUGAAGAGAGGAGCCUGCUGUGCUGAGAAUCUGCUUCCCAGAUGCUCACAGGAGCUGUGCUGCCUUCCAGAGACUCGAGAGGGGGUGAAGAGCAGCAGAGAACACGGCAAACUUCGCUCUUCCCUGCAGAGCAAGCCAGAAACUGCUGUAAAUGAGCUUUAAUUCACAGCCCAGGACCUCAGCUGGCAUCUGCUCCACGGGCAGGGAAGCUCUGAGUGACAGCCCAGCCCCUGAAGAUGGGUAGGGACAGAUAUCCCAAGUGGAACUGCUGAGCAGACACAGCAUCAAUCCCCACCCAAUCAGGUCUCCAAGCCAAUUUUAAGGCAGAAUCAGGACUGACACAAGGAAAUGAAAAAGCAUCAGUGAUCUCCUCCCGGGAGAAACUUCAAUUUGAGAGCCUUUGGAAUAUUUUUGUUAUUUAAAUAUUGAAUCUCCCCCCCACCCCUGCCUUGAAGAGAGGAAUGAUUUUAACCGGCAACUCCAAGAUUUCUCACUGCUUAAUCCUGGAAAGGAGGAUGAAGACCCUCAGUUCUGUGUAGCCUCACUUGUGCACCCCAAGAAAAAUGCCAAAGGAGUUCAACUGGACUUGGCAAUGGUGGUUAUGAACUGUGCUGUGCUGGUGAAAACUUAGGGACAAAGGUAGGUUUUCUAACAUGUUUCUGGAUCUUUCUCCUUGUUGCUGGUGCUGCACUUCUGAGACGUUCUUAAAGAGUCUUUUUUCCCCAGAAAACCAGGCAGAUGGUGCCUGUAGGACCUUCUGAGGACUGAUCCCAGCCCCGUUUCUGCCUGGCAGGGGGGGGUGCAGCACAACAGCCUCGCAUGGACACUCCCAACCACCCACCAUGGCUUUCCUCCCUGGAAACUCCUCCAACUGCUCCAACUGCACCCACUCUGCAGAGUCUGUGAACAUUUCCAAGGCCAUUUUGCUGGGGGUUAUUCUGGGGGGGCUGAUUGUUUUUGGGGUGCUGGGCAACAUCCUGGUUAUCCUGUCGGUGGCCUGCCACCGGCACCUCCAGAGCGUCACCCACUACUACAUCAUCAACCUGGCCGUGGCCGACCUCCUCCUGACUUCCACCGUGCUGCCCUUCUCGGCCACCAUGGAGAUUUUGGGCUACUGGGCCUUCGGGAGGAUCUUCUGCAACAUCUGGGCGGCCGUGGACGUGCUGUGCUGCACGGCCUCCAUCAUGAGCCUCUGCAUCAUCUCCAUCGACCGCUACAUCGGGGUGAGCUACCCCCUGAGGUACCCCAGCAUCGUGACGGAGAGGAGGGGCCUGCUGGCGCUGCUCUGUGUCUGGGCACUGUCCCUGGUGAUCUCCAUCGGGCCCCUUUUCGGCUGGAAGGAGCCGGCCCCCGAGGAUGAGACCAUCUGCCAGAUCACCGAGGAGCCCGGCUACGUGCUCUUCUCAGCCCUGGGCUCCUUCUACCUCCCCCUGGCCAUCAUCCUGGUGAUGUACUGCCGGGUCUACGUGGUGGCCAAGAGGGAGAACAAAGGCCUGACCUGCGGGCUGAAGACGGAGAGGUCGAGCUCCGAGGAGGUGACGCUGCGCAUCCACCGCAGGAACGCGCCCGGCGCCGGCGGCCCCGCGCCCAACCCCAAGAGCAAACACCACUUCUCCGUCAGGCUCCUCAAGUUCUCCAGGGAGAAGAAGGCAGCCAAGACCCUGGGCAUCGUCGUGGGGUGCUUCGUCCUCUGCUGGCUCCCGUUUUUCGUGGUGAUGCCUCUGGGCUCUUUCUUUCCUGCAAUCAAACCCCCGGACACCCUUUUUAAAAUAACAUUCUGGCUGGGAUAUUUAAACAGCUGCAUCAACCCCAUCAUCUACCCCUGCUCCAGCCAGGAGUUCAAGAAAGCUUUCCAGAACGUCCUGAAGGCUCAGUGCCUUCCCGGGAAGCAGCCGGCCAAGAAGAAGAAGAAGAAGCAGCAAACCCCGAGCUUCAACCUCAACCACCCCGCCAACCAGGCCGUGGGGAGCACCAAAGGGGUGCUCAGGAUCCCCGUGGGCUCGGGGGAGACCUUCUACAGGAUCUCCAAGUCGGGCGGGGUGUGCGAGUGGAGGGUCUUCUCGGCCGCGCCCAACGCGCCGGCGGCGAGGAGCGCCGUGGCCAAGGACUGCACGGCGGCCAAGGCCAGGAGCAAAGGGCUCCUCCAGGAGUGCUGCUGCGCGGGCACCUCGGGGAGCCUGGCCCAGCAGGGCAGCUGCAGAGUGCCCACCGUCAAGGUCCACACCAUCUCUCUGAGCGACGGCGGGGAGGACGUUUGA